AUGGAUCUGGAUCCCCAUAUUCUACAGGUCGAACCGCCCGAGGAAGUCCACAAAUUAUUCGGAUGUUGUGUGGAAUGGCCGGUUACGGUAAUUUAUAAAAACAUACUGUUAGAUUACCUAAAAUUUUAAGAAAAGCGCGAGACUGGUAGCUUAUAUUUCUCUGAUCUCAGCCAUUUGUAACUUGGUUAUCAUGAUCCUCGCUCAGAACGAGGCCUCUUUCAGCAUUGCAAUUGAUGUUUUCUUCCUAAUCAUCGAGUUCUCAUGCGUUCUUUCUUUAUUUUAUGGAAUAAACAGAAAGAAAGCUGGACCUCUGAAGCCUUUUAUCAUUUGCGGUGUAAGUUACAGUAAUCUAUUGUCGAAAUUCCCGUGUCCUUCCAUUAUAUGAACCAUUACGGGCGAUGCCAUAAAGGCCAGACCAUUAUUGGCAAAUUCUUAAAAUCUUCGCAAAAUGUCCUCAACACAGUCUUUAUCUUCAUGGAAAGGUUUAUGUUCUGAUUUUUACUUCUUUUCUUACAAGGAAAGUACUUUUAUGGGGGCUCCUACUUUUUGACGGCACAUAUCUCAAAAAAUCAGAAAAAAUGUGCUGAUCAAGGAUAUAUAAAUCUUAGCUGCCCAUUUUAGGCUUUUAUGGGUGAAAAUGCCCAAAAACUGGCUUAAUUUCCCUGCAAAAGGCGCGGGCAUUCGAAACGAUAAAAAGCGCAGUCGGUCUCUUCCUUCGGAAGAGAGCGGUGUGGCCGAGUGGUUAGUGCCGUAGCUUGGGAAUCAAGAGGGAGGACGCCGCACGGGUUCGAUUUCUCUUUUGGGCUGAAUCAACAAUUUUUGAAGUUGAAGGUCGGAAAAAUAAAUUUUUGGGCUAAGACUGAUUUAUUACGUCUUAGAAACUCAAUAAACAUCAUUUUAAGCCAGAAUAAAAAUUGUAAACCUGUGAAAAAUUAAGCGAAAAGGGAUUUAUAUAGGACUUUAAGUCAACUUCCGAUUGAGUUUUCACCCCUAAAAUCCUAAAAUGGGCAGCUAAGAUUUAUAUAUUCUUGAUCAGCACAUUUUUUCUGAUUUUUUGGGAUAUGUCCCGUCAAAAAGUAGGAGCCCCCAUAAAAGUACUUUCCUUGUUAAAAGCAGCACUAUUAAAAAGUAAUUUUAGGAUUAUUUUCUAAAAAAUGGGGAUUUUCGAUGGUGAUGAUUGCGGAAAUGACAAACAUUUUUUGAUUGCACGUUUUUUCUUAAUUACGUUUUUACAUUAUUCUGCAACACAAAAUGUAAAAUUCAGACAAACUGAAUGUUAUUUUCGAAAUCAGCACCAUCGAAAGACCCAUAAGUCGAGCAUUCUUAUUGUUAGAAAAAAUUACAAAAAUAAGUUUUUAACAGCACUGUUUAAGAAAAAAGUAAAAAUCAGAAAAUACAUAUUUCCUACAAACACAAAGCAGCGUUGAGGAUAUUUGCAAGGAUUUCAGAAAUCUGCCCAUAAUGGACCGUUUCCGAAAUUUCAGGUGAUUUGGAAUGCAUUUUUGGUUCUUCUCCUGCUAUUUUGUGUAAUCCAACUAUUCGAUCAAGACAGAUUUACCUCAGAAGUUCUACUUAAUCUUUCGGAAUUGCUCAACUUUUCUCCAUCCAACGAAUCCUCAGGUCAGGAAAUAAGUUAUUACCAAUAG